AAGUCAACAUUACCCCCGCUGGAGCUCCACUAAGAGUAAUUCGUCUAAUCGAACACACAAUUCACGUGCGUGUAAUACUACUUCCGGUAACUUUUGCAAGAUGGCAGCCUGCAGACCAUUGCAUGUGUUGAAGCUGUGCUCGUCAAUAUCACGUUUGCACCAACCAUCACUCUGUCAUGCUCGGACUGUCAUUUACUCUGCCAACUAUCAAGAACCAACAUUUAAGAAGAAAGACCUGCAAGAGCCUCUGCCCGACACAGACCCACGUAGGUUCCAGCCAAUCAAAGCAGCCUUCAUAGAGCAGACUUCUUCAAUAUAUUAUGACGAGACAGUGCAGAAGUUCAUUCGUCAGAUGAUGAAGUCUGGAAACCGUGCACGUGUGCAGAAGAUCAUGGAUAGGACGCUGGAGAAUUUGAAGAGAAUUCAGGUUGAAAAGUACCACAAGGCAGAAGACGUACAAGAGAAAGAAAGUAUUGAAUGUAAUCCACUGUCAAUCUUUCACACUGCCGUUAGAAACUGUGAACCAAUUCUAAUACUCACAAAGGUUCAAAGAGGAGGAGUCAUGUAUCAGGUUCCAAUUCCCUGUAAAGAUAACUACAAGCGGUACAAGGCUAUGAGAUGGUUGAUAGACAGCUGUCGGGACAAGGAGAGGAAGAUGCCCAUGGAGGACAAGCUUGCACGGGAGUUGCUGGAUGCCUGCAGAGGGGAAGGCAGGAGUAUUCGCAAGAAGCAAGACCUCCAUCGACAGUGUGAGGCCAACAAAGCCUACUCUCAUUACCGUUGGUGACCUUGCAUCACAACCCCAGGCUAACCUUGACCUUCAUAGUGUCACAGCUAUUCCCCCCUCCUGUUGUAGGAACAAUAUGUGCCGUGUUUAAGUGGCGUUGAACAGCAAGUGAGGGGGAUUUUGUGAGAAGGUACACAUACAUUUUUCAACACAGGACUGCUACAGAAACAAGGGAAGGAUUGUGUAAGGAUGUAUACACGUUUCAAGACAUACGUGGAUGCUGACCACACAACAGUCACUCAGCAACUUAGGAGUAGUAAAUGAAAAAUACACACCUUUGUGAUUUAAAAAACAGCUCUUUGUUUGCCUAGAUCUGUUGACUCUCUCCCAAGUCAUUGACCACACAUUUUAAAUUUUGAAACAACUGUGUUAUUGCAAUUAAUUUUCAGCAUGAGUUGAGAGAGAAAUGGCACCAUGUGUUUAACCCUGUCUGUUUUAGGAUGAUGGGAGUCAGUGCACCUUGACUGAAGAAUGUGUUUUUACAUCAGUUGUGUGACUGUAGAUCACAAGGACUGUCACAGCAUUCAUCACUGGCCUACACUUUGUGUGAUCCUUCUGGAUACCAAAAGUGUACAAUAUGUCCCAUCCAGCAGGAGACAGAGUGUUGUACAUUUGUACAUUCCUCUAAUCUCAAAGUGAAUUUAUUAUUUCAACAUUCCAGCCAGGCAGUGAGAUAAUAAAUGUAUUCAGUGAGGAAAUGUUAGAAAUCUGUCUUCAAAGGUUCAAUAACCUGUGCAAACUCUUUUUUAGGGUAUUAAUUACAUCAUGGGAAAGAAGAAAUGUUCUUGAAUGAAGGGGUGUGAUGGUCAAGAUGUCCUCAAUCUUGAAGUUUGAGAUAUAGAGAAUAAUGACUGUGGUCAAAUAGCAUGUCUUUCAUCUAGCAGUGUUAGAUAUGGUUAUGAUGUUCAUGAUUGAAAAUAUUUGCUUUGUCAGGCAAGUCAAUAAAUGAUUUUGAAAAGAUUAGCCAACAAUCCUUUAUAUGUUUCAAAGUCAUAGUGAUCAUAGUGAUACCACCUCAGCUUUUCUCUAAAUAACAAACAUAUUCUAUACAAUACGUAGCAGUGUUUGGUCUGGAACUUAUAUGAAGGAUUAUGUGAGGUUUGCCUGUGGUUCCAGAACCAGUUGUAUUUUCAGAGGAGAUUUAGCAUUUUGGCAUUGGUGACCACGAGUGUUAUGUUUAUAUAGCUUUGUGUGUGUGUGUUAUUCAUUGUCAAAUAAUAAUACAAGAACGUUAAUUAAAAGGUAAACAAGA